GGCAGGCAAAGAGUAACACACGCAGCUGAGAAGAAACUCAGAGGAGAGAAUCACCGAGGAGAGUGGCCAUGGACCUGAUCCUGAGCUUUUCUGUGGAAACCUGGGUUCUCCUGGCUACCAGCCUGGUACUCCUCUAUCUAUAUGGGACUUAUUCACAUGGACGUUUUAAGAAGCUGGGGAUUCCUGGGCCGAGACCUCUGCCUUAUUUUGGAAAUAUUCUGUCCUACCGAAAGGGUCUUUGGGAGUUUGACAAUGGAUGUUUUAAAAAGUAUGGAAAAAUAUGGGGGUGUUAUGAAGGUCAACAGCCUCUGUUGGUUGUCACAGAUCCAGACAUAAUCAAAACAGUGCUAGUGAAAGAAUGUUAUUCUGUCUUCACAAACCGGAGGUCUUUUGGUCCAACGGGAAUGAUGAAAAAUGCCAUCUCUCUGUCUGAGGAUGAACAAUGGAAGAGAUUGCGAUCGUUGAUGUCUCCAGCCUUCACCAGCGGAAAGCUCAAGGAGAUGUUCCCCAUCAUUAGCCAGAUUGGAGACAUGUUGGUGAGGAACCUGAAGAAGGAAGCAGAGAAAGGCAAGCCAAUCAGCAUGAAAAACUUCUUUGGGGCCUACAGCAUGGAUGUGAUUACCGGCACAGCAUUUGGAGUGAACAUUGAUUCCCUCAACAACCCACAAGAUCCCUUUGUGGAAUAUAGCAAGAAUAUCUUAAAAUUUAAUCUCCUCUCUCCAUUAAUUCUCUUAAUAAUAUUAUUUCCAUUCCUCACCCCAGUCUUUGAAGUAUUAAAUAUUACUCUGUUUCCAAAAAGUUCUGUGAAUUUUUUAGCGAAGUCUGUAAAAAGGAUGAAAGAGAGUCGCCUCAAAGAUAAACAAACGCACCGAGUGGAUCUUCUUCAGCUGAUGAUUAACUCUCAGAAUUCCAAAGAAAUUGGCACCCAUAAAGCUCUGUCUGACGUAGAACUCAUGGCCCAAAGUAUCAUCUUUAUUUUUGCUGGCUACGAGACCACUAGCAGUUGUCUUUCCUUCGUUAUAUAUGAAUUGGCCACUCACCCUGACGUCCAACAAAAGCUGCAGGAGGAGGUUGAUGCAACUUUCCCCGAUAAGGCGCCUCCCACCUAUGAGGCUCUGGUACAGAUGGAGUAUCUUGACAUGGUGUUGAAUGAAACUCUCAGAAUAUUCCCAAUUGCUGGUAGAAUUGAGAGGAUCUGUAAGAAGGAUGUGGAAGUCAAUGGAGUGUUCAUUGCCAAAGGGACAACAGUGGUGGUGCCACUCUUCGUUCUUCACAAUGACCCAGAGCUCUGGCCAGAGCCUGAGGAGUUCCGUCCUGAAAGGUUCAGUAAGAAGAACAAGGAGAGCAUAAAUCCUUAUACAUACAUGCCUUUUGGAAUUGGACCCCGAAACUGCAUUGGCAUGAGAUUUGCUAUCAUGAACAUAAAACUUGCUCUCGUCAGAAUCCUGCAGCACUUCUCCUUCAAACCUUGUAAAGAAACACAGAUCCCCCUGAAAUUGUUCACUGUAGGACUUACGCAGUUGGAAAAACCUGUUGUUCUAAAGGUUGUGUCAAGAGAUGCGACCGUAAGUGGAGCCUGACUUUCUCGAAGGACAUGGGCUUUGAUCUUCAAGGAAGCUGUAUCCAGGAACACAUGAGACUUUACUUACUUUGUGAUAAAACUAUUAAAUGAAGAUAGGCUUCACCUACUGCCCUUGAUGGACAAUUAGGUAUUCUGCCCAAUCAUUUAGCUUUCUCAUUGUCUGUGUGGAGUGUUAUAUAUUGCGUCAUUAAAGGAGGUGACAAGUAAGUGCCGGAUACUCAACUUCAUGGGCUCUCCUAGGACCAUCUCCAUCCACUUCCUGAUGGUAGUUAGUACCAUCUACUCCUCCUGAGCACUGAUCAGAAUGAAAAUUUCUCAACAAACUCUAAUGAAAAUAAGAAUGAUUGUGGUGACUGAAGUAGUGACAUUUAUGUCACAGAUUUUAUUUUGAAUAUUCUAAAUUAAAUAUUACAUUGAGCAAGUCAAUAAACAUCUCUUUACAAAAGUAUAAUCUGAUGCCUUUGUGCACAUUAGGGGGAAUGUAUACAGCAGAAUCAGAGAGACUCAGGGACUAAAUGCUUUUGACCAUCACAAUCCCUGGUGGGUGGGGCCUUUUAAAAACUCCAGGUUGACAUAUUAAGUAGGUAAGAGUUCACUGACUGUGACUUUUCCCAGUGCUUAGAAAUCUGCCUUUUAAAUCUACCUUUAUAGUUUAAAUCUACCUUUUUUGG